UAUGCACCGUUGUUACACAAACUGCAUUGUGACUGUGCGCAGUGAAGUGAGCGUUCAUGUUAGGAGUGAAGAGGCUGGAGAAACGACAAGAAGCUUCCAGAAGCUCUGAGAUCGAGGGUUGUGCAACUAUGAUGGAGCAUUCCAGCAACUGGACUAAACUUGAGCCUGGGGUGAACACUACAGAUGCAGACAAGGCUCCAACUUACAGCCUUCAGUCUGAAGCAGGAGACUUUGAAUGCAGUGUCUCUGGCUUGCGCUGGGUUUGUAAGGAAAAGAUCAGCUUUCAGUACCACUUUUGCUCUUGGGGAGGACACAUGGAAAGAGUGGAAAGCAGACAGUACAUGCCUGCAGGUCCUGUAAUUGAUGUUGCAGUCACUGCUGGGCAGUUAAGUGAAAUGCACCUGCCACACUGGGUUUGUAUAGAUGACAUCCCCGACAAGUUUGCAGUCCUGCAUCUAGAUGACUGCGGAGAUUUUGUAGAAGAAGUGCGUGAGGUCACAGCAUCACAUGUCAAGUUAAACGAGUUAACUUACUUUCCGAAAGCAGUCGUGAUGAAGAUGGGCCCCCCUGUUAAAAUCAGCUGUAACGUGCUGCUAUACUACAAACCCAACACCCCAUUCCUCAAACUCCACGUCUAUGUGAUUCCAAAUGAUCCUGCUCUACAACGGAAAGUGGACAAGCAAGAAUUGUGUUAUGGAUAUGAAAAAAUUACCAAGCCACGCCCAGAUGAGUACCUCAAAAUGCAUCAUGGUUUCUCCCUCAUAGCCGACACAGACUCAGCAGAAAUUCAACCAAAGAAAAUAACCCUCAGAUAUGAUGGCCAGGACCCAAACUUCUAUGAAGUGUACAUUGAAAAUCCCAAAGGAUGCUUCAAUCUAAAACUUCAGUAUGCUUUGUCAAAAAAAUAUGAACCGGUGUAUGAACCUGUCUGGACCUGUAAACUCCAAAAAGACGAUCAUCCAAAGUCUGGUUAUGGGGAAGGUCCAAGAUCCUCGAGGGGAAUAACUGGUGUCACUACUGUUGACAAACACUGUGAAUAAGCUGCCUGCAGUGAAUAAGGACCAACGGCAGCAUCAGAUGGAGAGAGGCUUUAGGAGGAAGAAGCUCAAUGAAUUUAAGUUGUUUCUGAGGCACGGCAACAUCGUUACUGAACUUUCUCGCAUCCCAGAUAACAAACUGGAGAACACAAACCAGUCAGGCCUGUUCGAUCUCUUGCGUAGACUUACACUUAGCAGUCUGUGGAAGUGACCACAGAUUUUUUCAAGAAAUGUAAAAACCAAGACCUGGUAUAUAUGCCAUCAGACAUCAUGAUCCAAAGUUUCUUUUAAAAACUCACUGUUUAUCUAAUAAAAU